AUGCCUCCUGCACCGAAACGAAGAAGAGGCGACGAUGAGCCGAGAAAGCCGAAGAAGAAGGUGAAGAGGGUCAAGAAGCAGACCGACUACCACAGUUCUUCAGAGGACAGCGAUGAUGAGGACGCAAACGAAGACAUGGACGACGCGGAAGAUGAGGAACUCCAAAAAAACACAGCAUUGAACAUGCAACCUGACAGCGCCUCCGACUCCGAAGCCGACGUGGAAGACCUCCAAGCUGCAGACGACGACGACUCCAAUGAUGAAGACCUCGACGACGAACCCGACCUCGCCUCUUCCGCCUCAGGUUCCGACUCAGAAACCUCCGCCACCAGCUCUCAACCCUCCACCCACUCCAAGAAGAAGCGCAACGACCCCACCGCCUUCGCAACCUCGAUCACCAAAAUCCUCUCCACCAAACUCAGCACAGCCAAACGCUCCGACCCCGUCCUCUCCCGCUCCGCUUCCGCCGCCGAAGCAAAUCGCACACUCGCCGAUCAGAAACUCGACGCCUUGGCGAAAGCGCAAAUCCGGGCCGAGAAACGAGCCAUACGAGAAAAGGGAAGGGUGAAGGAUGUGCUAGGACUGGAAACGCCGGAGGUGGAUACGGGAGCUGUACUGGAGGCGGAGAAGAGGCUGAAGAAGACGGCGCAAAGGGGUGUUGUGAAGUUGUUCAAUGCGGUCAGGGCGGCGCAGGUUAAGGGGGAGUCAGCUGCGAGGGAGGCGCGGGAUGAGGGAGUUGUGGGGUGGAAGAAGAGGGAGGAGAGGGUGAAUGAAAUGAGUAAACAGGGGUUUUUGGAUUUGUUGAAGGGUGGGGGAAAGGUGGAGGCGUGA